UCACCAUUGGUUUCAAGCGCAGGCCGCGAGAGCGUGUGCUUCUCUCACGUGACGCAGCGUCUUCGUCGUCUCGCGAGAAGGAAAGAUGGCGGCAGCUGCGAGCGGCGGCGGAGCGGGGGAUGGAGACCGUGCGGACGCGCAGGAGAAUGUGCCGACUUACGAGUGGGAGGACAAGAACACGAAAGCGUUUCACGUGGCCGCGUUCGGGCGACUGUGGCGGGAGAAGCUCGACCCCGCGCUCUACUGCUACCAGGACACGGAGGAGGACGCGGAGCACGCGCAGCUGGCGCGAGAGCUGGAACUGUCCGAGGAGACGAUGGAGGAGCUCAGGGUGAUCUGCAGUCCAGACUCUUUGACAGGUGGAGACGUUCGGACAGAUGUGGUUCCACACGACUCGAGUCUGAAGACCGUCAGGCUCCGCAAGAGGAAGCAGGACUAUAAAGACAGCCUCCGCAGAGACUUCCCUGCCAAACAGGACGUUUUCGCCAGUGAACUCGAGAAUCUGGCAAUAGGCAGGAGGCCUAUGGAUCCUGAACUCCUGGUGCCUGAAGGAGAGAUUAUUCUCACUGUGAACGUUUUAUACCCAGUGAUUUUCGAGGCGUUUAAAUUCUGCAGGCAUCACAUGACCCUUCAAGUGAUGGGUUCGCAGAAACUGAGCGAGCUGCGGGACGCCAUAUGCUGCGUGAGUGACCUGCAAGUGUAUGGCGAGUUUAGCAGCACGCCAGACAUGGCCCCCGAGUUCAUCAGCAAGGACCUCUACAAAUCGGCAUUUUUCUUCUUUGAGGGAGUCUUUUACGAUGACAUGCGCUACCCGGAAUGCACUGCCAUCAGCAAGAGCACAAUAGAGUGGGCCAAGUCCCACGACUUCCCCACGUACCGGUCGGCCAAGAUGGAGGAGACCACGUUCAACGACCUUGUUGUGAAAAUAGGCUACCCUUACCUUUACUGCCAUCAAGGUGACUGUGAGCAUGUUGUGAUCAUCACAGAUAUAAGGCUGGCACAUCGGGACGAUUGUUUGGAUAAGAACCUUUAUCCCCUCCUUAUCUACAAGCACAGGAUGCUGACCCGAAAAUGCUCAGUGUGUAACUUGUACAUCAGCAGGUGGUUGACCACCGAUGACCACCUGGCGCCAAUGGACCCCUGCCUCUUCUGUGACAUGUGCUUUCGGACGCUACAUUACGACAAGGAGGGGAACAAACUCGGACACUUUCUGGCCUAUCCAUACGUCGACCCGGGAGCGUUCAACUGAUGUCCUCCUUGCCCCAGAUGAGGAAGGUGAUAUAUUUGCUACUGCUGUGCAGCGUUCUUCUGUUGAAUGUUUUACUGCUCUACAAGGCAGAUGUGAAACAUGGGAGAUCUGAAUGUAAAUAUUGACUUUUUUUUUUUUUUUUUUACUGCAAAUAAAACACUUCUGAUGUAUAGCCUGGAUCAACAUUUGGAUGAAUUUAAUAGUGUGGACUACUUCUAGGUGCUCUGGUUUCCUUCAAGAAUCAAAAGAUCUAUGUUUCAGGUGAACUGGUUAUCCUGAAUUGCCUGUAGAUGUGAGUUGUCAUCUUAGUUUGUAGGGAAUGUCCUACAUCUCACACCCAACAUUUUCUGGAUUGGUUCCAAAGCUCUGUGACUUUGCAUUGGACAAGUCAUUGUUAAUCCCAUUCAUCCCAUUCUGCCCCCUGCAAACAUCCAGUGUGGCCCUGUGCUGGGUUUCACUAUAGUAACACAUCCCAUUAUUAAAGGUUUGUCAUUUCCUCAGCAAUACAUCCUGUAAUGGUUCAGAAGAGUUCUUAGAUCAGGCACCAGCCUACUUGGCCUGUUGGUACCUUUUUUACAGGGUAAAAAUUACUAAUAGGCUUGCAGAAAGACCUGCCUGAAUGAUACUGGCUUUUGAUCCAUGGGCACCCAUGCCAAGAGGGGGACAAUGUAGAAACUCCUCGCAAACACAGCAGUUGUUCCUCCCACAUCUGUCUGAACUCACAUCUCAGGAGCAGUGAAGCACCAGCGUUACCUGCUGUUUCACCCUGCACUGGAGCAGAUGGAAAUAACACACCGCACCAGUGGGGUCCAUGUGCAAAUGGCCACGGCUACUUACCGCUUCUUCGCACACACCCGUCAAGAACAAGACAUCCCAGGCAGCCUGAGAUGUACCAAUCCCUUUAUUAAAUGAGGCAUAUCCGGUUCUGAAACAGGCACAAAAAUACUCUUAUUUACAUAAACGUGUAGCAAAAUUAACUUUAAAAAAAAAAAA